CUUAGCCAUGCCGACCGCCGGGGCCUCUGAGCCGCCCUCGAGCCUCCCUCUACCCCGCCGCCUCCUCCUCCGGGGACCCCCGGCGGCCCGGACGCCCUUCGGCCGUCGCCGUCUAAGGCCUCCCGGGAAGCCCCCCCACAAAACCCCCACCCGCCGCGCCACCCGGCCGGCCUCUCUGGGCGUCGUCCCUUGUUUCCCGCCGGGCCGCUUGGGUCGUUGCCCUCCGCUGACUUCCGGCGUUGCCGGGGAGCCGCCGGGAGCGGGGGAUGCGGCCGGGUGGCGGCGGCGGCGGCUGCGGCUGGCGGGACGGGCGAUGGCGCGGCGGCCCUGAGGGCCUCGAGGAGGAGGAGGAGGAGGAGAAGGGAGGAAGAGGAGGGAGAGGAGGAAGGCGGCGCUGAGGCGGCCGGGGCCGGGGCUGAGGCCACCGUCGCCGCCCAGGGCAGCCUGAGCCGGGGCCGUCCCGCCUGCCCCGGCCCUCGGCACGGAGCCAGAGCAGCAGCGGUUCGGCGGAGGGGAGAAGGAAGAGAAGGAGGAGAAGAGGAGGAGGAGGAGGAGGAGGCGGGGAAAAAAUGAAGCUCCUGAAGCCGACCUGGGUCAACCACAACGCCAAGCCGAUAUUUUCAGUUGACAUUCAUCCAGAUGGGACCAAGUUUGCAACCGGAGGGCAAGGACAAGAUUCCGGGAAAGUUGUAAUAUGGAACAUGGCUCCAGUCCUCAAGGAGGAGGAUGAAAAGAACGAGAAUGUACCCAAAAUGCUUUGUCAGAUGGACAAUCAUUUAGCCUGUGUGAAUUGUGUGAGAUGGUCAAACAAUGGCAUAUAUCUUGCCUCCGGAGGAGAUGAUAAGCUGAUCAUGAUCUGGAAGAGAGCAGCGUACAUUGGGCCCAGCACCGUCUUUGGUUCCAGUAGUAAGCUUGCAAACGUAGAGCAGUGGAGGUGUGUCUCGAUCCUGAGAAGCCACACAGGCGACGUCAUGGAUGUGGCAUGGUCCCCUCACGACGCUUGGCUAGCCUCCUGCAGCGUGGACAACACGGUCGUGAUCUGGAAUGCUCUCAAAUUCCCCGAAAUCCUUGCCACUCUAAAAGGUCACUCCGGCCUUGUUAAGGGCCUCACCUGGGACCCUGUUGGGAAAUAUAUUGCCUCUCAAGCGGAUGAUCGAAGUUUGAAGGUCUGGCGCACCAUGGAUUGGCAGCUAGAAACCAGCAUUACCAAACCUUUCGAUGAAUGUGGAGGCACCACGCAUGUGUUGCGCAUCAGCUGGUCCCCUGACGGGCAUUACCUGGUCUCGGCUCAUGCGAUGAAUAAUUCUGGGCCCACCGCCCAGAUCAUUGAGAGGGACGGGUGGAAGACCAACAUGGAUUUUGUCGGCCACCGCAAAGCAGUGACAGUAGUGAAAUUCAAUCCAAAAAUCUUUAAAAAGAAGCAAAAGAAUGGCAGCUCCACCAAACCAAGCUGCCCUUAUUGCUGUUGUGCGGUUGGGAGUAAAGACCGAUCACUUUCUGUCUGGCUGACGUGCCUGAAAAGGCCCUUGGUCGUCAUACAUGAGCUGUUUGACAAGUCCAUCAUGGAUAUCUCAUGGACGUUGAAUGGCCUUGGCAUUUUAGUGUGCUCCAUGGACGGAUCUGUGGCAUUUCUGGAUUUUUCCCAAGAUGAGCUCGGAGACCCGCUGAGCGAGGAAGAGAAGAGCAACAUCCAUCAGUCGACCUACGGUAAAAGUUUAGCUAUCAUGACGGAGGCGCAUCUCUCCACGGCCAUUAUCGAGAACCCGGAGAUGCUCAAGUACCAGCAAAGGCAACAGCAAGUAGAGAAGAAGAACGAGGCUCUCCGAGACGGAAUGGGCUCAGGAGCAGCGAUAACGGCGCCUAAGCUGGCCAGCAUGGUGAAUGGAGAAAGCUUAGAGGACAUUAGAAAGAACCUGUUAAAGAAACAAGUGGAGACCAGAACAGCCGAUGGCCGGCGAAGGAUCACGCCACUCUGCAUAGCUCAGCUGGAUACAGGGGAUUUUUCGACCGCCCUCUUUAACAGCAUCCCACUCUCGGGGUCUUUAGCUGGGUCCAUGAUGUCAGCUUCCCAGACCAAUCAGCUCAUAGCGUUAGAUUACAACGCGGCCAACUCCCUGGGCACCGUUAAGCCUGCCUUAGAGCCCAUGGCAGCGGCCGCUAAAUCGGCGGAAGACGUAGCCAACAAGGAUGGGUGAGCAUCAAACGAAAGGCCUUCUCCUUACGAAUUG